UUUCAAUAUGGCUUCUCGCUAAAUUCUUUUUCAGCAUUCAGCAAAUAUUGCAAUUUUUAACAUACUUUUAGGGCAGAGAUGUCCAACCAAUCUGCACGUUCUACCAGGUUGAAUGCCAGAAAUCUUAGAAAGAGGGCCAGAACUAAAUCUGAACAGCGAAAGAGACAUAAUGCAGAUUCUCUGGUUGCAGCUGAAGCCCUGGAGGCAGAACCAGGCCCCAGUAGCCCAAACCUCAAAUAUAAUUUACGCCGUCGUCGAACUAUCGACACUCUUACCAAAGAACCUAUAUCUUCCAAUACCUGCACACCUGUUAAAAGGAGAAGAAAGUCAGCAAGCAUAAAUCCAGCACUGAUCCCAACAGGAUCUGUUGGAGCAAAAUAUUUACAAGAAGAUUUACCCGAUGAAGUGCUAUUAAAAAUAUUCUCCUAUUUAUUAGAAUUUGAUUUAUGUAGAGUAUCACAAGUCUGUAGAAGAUUUCAUUCUAUAGCUAAUGAUGAUGAAUUAUGGAAAACCUUGUAUAAAGAUGUAUUUGAAUAUGACAGUCCAUUAAUGUUACAAAAUACAGAGCCAAAAUCUUACGAAUUUAUACCUUCAUCAGAAAUGGUCAAAUAUGAUAAUCCAUGGAAAGAAAGCUUUGGACAACUGUACCGAGGUGUUCAUGUUCGACCGGGAUAUAGUAAUUCUUCACAAGUACGACGCAAACGAUAUAAAGGAAGAAACUUAGUGUAUUUUGAUGCUAUAGAACCAGCUCAUCAGUAUGUUGAUACUAAAGAAAUCUAUGAUCCAUUAAUAUUUAUACACACUGGCGUUUAUCAAGGAGAAUUACUCUUAAUAGAUACACCUGUCACAUUAAUUGGAGCAGCUCCAGGAAAUGUGAUGGAUCAUGUAUUUAUUGAACGUGAAAUGGAAUCCACUAUAAUGUUUGUAGAAGGUGCCAAUGGAGCUUAUUUAGGUUAUGUUACAUUAAAAUUUUCUCCUGAUAUAACAUCGUCUGUACCCCACCAUCGACAUUAUGCACUGGAAGUGACAGAAAAUUCUUCUCCUAUAAUUCAACAUUGUAGAAUACGUAGUACAUCUGUUGUUGGAGCUGCUGUAUGUGUAUCAGGUUCGGGUGCUGAUCCUACUAUUAAAAACUGCUAUAUCAAAGAUUGUGAAAAUGUUGGAAUGUAUGUUACAGAUUAUGCUACGGGGGUAUAUGAAGAUAAUGAGAUUAGUGGUAAUGCGUUAGCUGGUAUUUGGGUUAAAAAUCAUGCUACACCUAUAAUGAGAAGAAACCAUAUACACCAUGGAAGAGAUGUUGGUGUAUUUACGUUUGAAAAUGGAAUGGGUUAUUUUGAUUCCUGUGAUAUUCAUAACAACAGAAUUGCUGGUUUUGAAGUAAAAGCUGGUGCUAACCCAACUGUAGUACGAUGUGAGAUUCAUCAUGGUCAAACCGGUGGUAUUUAUGUACAUGAAAAUGGCAGAGGACAGUUUAUAGAAAAUAAAAUCCAUUCAAACAAUUUUGCUGGUGUAUGGAUUACAUCGAAUAGUGAUCCAACAAUAAGAAAAAAUGAAAUUUAUAAUGGUCAUCAAGGUGGUGUGUAUAUAUUUGGUGAUGGUAGAGGUCUUAUAGAACAUAACAAUAUACAUGGUAAUGCUUUAGCUGGUAUUCAAAUACGAACUAAUAGUAAUCCAAUAGUACGUCACAAUAAAAUACAUCAUGGUCAACAUGGUGGAAUAUAUGUUCACGAGAAGGGUCAGGGAUUAAUAGAAGAAAAUGAGGUUUACGCAAAUACAUUAGCUGGUGUAUGGAUAACAACAGGAAGUACACCAGUACUACGCAGGAACAGAAUACACAGUGGCAAACAGGUUGGAGUAUAUUUCUAUGAUAAUGGACAUGGUGUUUUAGAAGAUAAUGAUAUUUUUAAUCAUCUUUAUUCUGGAGUUCAGAUAAGAACCGAGAGUAACCCUUUAAUACGAAGGAAUAAAAUAUGGGGAGGACAAAAUGGUGGAAUAUUAGUGUAUAAUAGUGGUUUAGGAAUGAUUGAAAAUAAUGAAAUCUUUGAUAAUGCUAUGGCUGGAAUCUGGAUCAAAACUGACAGUAACCCUGUUUUACGUCAUAAUAAAAUUCAUGAUGGUCGAGAUGGGGGCAUUUGUAUUUUUAAUGGCGGAAAAGGCAUUCUUGAAGAGAAUGAAAUAUUUCGUAAUGCCCAAGCUGGUGUUUUAAUCAGUACCCAAAGUCACCCAAUAUUAAGAAGGAACAGAAUCUAUGAUGGCUUAGCGGCGGGUGUUGAAAUUACCAACAAUGCCACUGCUACUUUAGAAGCAAACAAAAUAUUUAAUAAUAAAUUUGGAGGUCUUUGUCUUGCCAGUGGAGUUAAACCCACACUCGAGGGUAAGGAUAAUAUUAUUAGUGGUAAUCAUAAUAUGGUAGAGAAAGCAGUAUCAUCAGGACAAUGUUUAUAUAAAAUAUCAAGUUACACCAGUUUUCCCAUGCAUGAUUUUUACAGAUGUAGAACUUGUAAUACAACCGAAAGAAACGCUAUUUGUUACAACUGCAUUAAGAACUGUCAUGCUGGCCAUGAAGUAGAAUUUAUUCGACACGAUCGAUUCUUUUGUGAUUGUGGGGCAGGAACAUUGAACAAUAACUGUCAGUUACAAGGGGAACCAACUCAAGAUACAGACACACUUUACGAUUCCGCCGCACCUAUGGAAUCGCACACAUUACGAGUGAAUUGACUGAUGACUUGUCAUCCUACAUUCUUGGUGUUGUGUUCAUCCGUUGGCAUGGAAUCAAUUUUUUUUGACAGCUGUCAAUCAGUGUUGUGAUUUUCCUCUGUAAGAAUCAGGCAUCCUGAUCCUUGACGCUGCUGUUCCAUAGCGCUAAGUAACGCCAGAGGUUGAUUUAUGGUUUUAUUGUGAAAUUCAGAUACUCAAUACUUAAAGUUGUUCGGAAUAUGGAGUCUGAAGACAAUCUUAAGGUGUAAAACCAUGAUAUUUUAGAGGUGACAAAUGAAAUGAAUCGAAAAAUGAUGAUGAAUAUCUUUUGCAUUUUUUUUAUUAUGAUUUUAUCAGUAUAAAUGAUAAGCCAAAGAAUAUACCAUAAUAUAAAAGGCUUAAGGAUAGGACAGGAGAAGCCAUUAGGGUAUGCUUGACAUACAUACAUCCAGUCAAUGUAAUUGACCAUUUUAUUCUAGAUAACAUUGAAUACAGUAGACCAAUAUUAGUAGUAUGCUGUUUAAAAAUGGAAUUGAUUAUAUAGAUAUUACGACCAAAACACUUGCUUCAAUACAAUUUUCUUUUAUUAUGUGUGGUAUUUUUUUAAACCUUGUAAAGGUUAUAUGUCAGCAAUCCUAUGGGUAUUUUUGGGGGAAUGGCAAAUGUAAUGAAUUUUUUCAACAUUUCUUUACAGAAUAAACUUUUUUGUUCUCUUAGCACAAUUGUGUGUAAUUUGGUGCAUGAUCGCAUGGCUUGUCUUGUAAAAUUCACAAGUUGUGAAAGUAAUCAAUUUUGUUCAAAUUAUUAUUUAAUGUUUAUUUGGACAUAUUGUUCAUCAUCCCACUGAAGUUUAUAACCUUUAUUCAAGUGAAAUCUAUUUUGUGCCUUGGUUAGUUUCAGAUUAAGUAAAUUAGUUAUAUAAUCCUUUGUUUGAGUAAAUGUAUCUCUCUAUUUAUUAUUUUAUUUAUCUUGUAGAUUUCGUUGUAAAUAUAUUUUAUUUCCUUUUCUUCUCAUUCAUAUCUUUUGCUUUUUAUAGGUCUAGAUAAUAAAUUUUCAGUUGCUAUGCAAUUGUAUAUUAUUAUCGAUUUCUCUUAGAUAAUUAAAGUCAAACUGUGUAUUUUGUUUAUGUUAAUAAUAUAUAUAUUUUACAUAAAGUUUAUUUACUAUUAUAAUAAGCCAGUGCUAGAAAUUGUAUGACACUUGACCUUAAUUACAAUUUAUAUUAUAUAGAAAAAACACUCCAUUUGAGAUCAAUAGAGAUGUGUCAUGUAAGAACAUUAUUAUGGUACAACCAAAAAUCAUUAACUAUUGAAUGAACCAGUGCAUGCAUAUUGCCACAUUGUAAGUUUGUCAUCAGAUUUGACUGUUUGCUCAAUUGCUAUGUCCCUUCCCUUAGCAAUCCCGGUAAAACCAAUGAUAUUUGUAACUUAUUCGAAUGAUUAUCAUAAAAUUUGCUAGUGAUUUAGUACUGCUUUGUCAAUUGAAUAUGGUAUGGAAUUUCCUAAAAAAAAAAAUAAAUAAAAAAAAAAAAAUGAUGCUUCUUUCACCAAGGUAGCUAGUAUGUAAUGGAAUAUAUAAAUUUAUGUAUUUUAUUCUCAAUAUAAUCUUAGGACCUUUCAAUUAAAACAGGUAGUCAUCACAUAAUGAAAACUCAAAAACAAGUUAUCAACAAAAUAUAGUUGAUCAAUACAUUUUGACAAAAUAGUCAGGUGUACAUGGUCAUCUAUCCAAAGCUGCCCUCAAGAGAUUUUCAUUUUGUAAGCAGACUUUUUUCAUUCGUUUAGUACAUUUUCGUCUUGUCAAAUCCGAAUUAGUAAAAAGUCAUUGCCAAAAUUGCACCAUUAGUUCAUUCAUUCAUUUUGUCUUAUCAACAAAAUAUUACUGAAUUUUCCUUCAUUUUCAUUGUGAAUAACUUGUCCAUAUGCAAUUUCUUCCAAUUUAGUUUGUGCGUUUUUUUACGCCCACAUUGAAAUGUGGUUGUUUAUUGUCGUCCGGCAGUCCGGCGUCCACAAUUGCUUGUGGACGCUCUAGAGGCUAAAGUUAAUAUCCGAUUGACUUUAAAUUUAUACACAGUGUUUAAGAUCAUGAGACGAAAAAGCCUAUUGAUUUUCAGUGAUUUCCGAUAAUUACUGCCAGAGUUAUGGCCCUUGAUCACUUCAAAAACUUUUGUGGACGUUCUAUAGGCUAAAGUUAAUAUCUGAUUGACUUUAAAUUUAUACACAGUGUUUAAGGUCAUGAGACGAAGAAGCCUAUUGAUUUUCAGCGAUUUCCGAUAAUUACUGCCAAAGUUAUGGCCCUUGAUCACUUCAAAAACUUUUGUGGACGUUCUAGAGGCUAAAAUUAAUAUCUGAUUGACGUUCAAUUUAUACACAGUGUUUAAGAUCAUGAGACGAAGAAGCCUAUUGAAUUUCAGCGAUUUCCGAUAAUUACUGCCAGAGUUAUGGCCCUUGAUCACUUCAAAAACUUUUGUGGACGUUCUAGAGGCUAAAGUUAAUAUCUGAUUGACUUUAAAUUUAUACACAGUGUUCAAGGUCAUGAGACGAAGAAGCCUAUUGAUUUUCACCAAUUUCCGAUAAUUACUGCCAAAGUUAUGGCCCUUGAUCACUUCAAAAAAUCUUGUGGACGCUCUAGAGGCUAAAGUUAGUAUCCGAUUGACUUAAGAUUGAUACACAGAGUUUAAGGUCUUGAAACGAACAAGUAUAUUGAUUUUCAAUGAAUUUUGAUAACUUGAACAGCAAAAUCCAUGAUAUUAAAUGUUUCGUUUACUUAACUUUAGCAUGGGGCAGACCUUUAUAAAAAGCCAAACAAAUUCUAAUGGUUUUCUGAUAAUUACUUAAUGUGUUGGUUGUUACUCUUAAUCAGAUUUUAGUGCAUUAUAAAUGUAUCAUUACCGAAAAAAGUAAAAAUGUGAGAUAACUCUUGUUGACUGCCGGACGAUUUAACUGCUGUGGGCGUAUGUUUCAUUGCCUGGCAACCUAUCUUUGUUUAUCUUGCCAAUCAUUUAUAUGUUUGUCUGAUUUUCUUCAUUUUUCUAUGUUUCAACUGAAUGUUAAAUCAAUUAAUACUAUAAUAAUGAUAUGUUUACCAUAGUUGCACGUAAAUGAUGCUAUGUUGUUGUGACCUGCCAAUCUAUUAAGUAUACAGAACGAUUAUCUUAGUUGUCACAGCGUUAUUUAUUGAUGAUGUUAAAUUCGUUAGGAUUUGAAUACAUAAAAUUUACCCCAAAAUAGUCCCAAUCCUAAUAUUUUAUCAAUAUUCAUGUUAAAAUUUAGGAGAUUUCAACAUAUUUGCAGGUCAAAUGGUAGCCAAAAGCAGUUUUUAUAUGUUCAUUUUAGCAUUUGUAGAUUGCUGUUAAAUUUGUAAGAAAUUUUAUAAAGGUUACAUUUGACAAAUAUUUUUGUUCUGACAUAUGAUGAAUGUCUCCAAAAAAAAAAAAAAAGAAGCUCAUUUGUAUACAUUUACUGGUUGAAUGAUUUUAUAACGAACAUUUCCAUUUUUUUUUUUAAAUUCAUCUCAAUUUUCAAUUGUCAAAUAUAUAUAUUAGAAUAAACAAUACAUGUACUUGUAUAAAUAUUAAUAAUUAAUUUGUAAACACUGACAUUCUUGUUCACCACCAAAUUUCAUAUCUUUUUGGAUCUUGUCUGACCUCAAUGGCAUGUUGUGUAAAAAUAAAUAUAUAUUCUUUUUCUCAAAAAAAUAUACAAAGACACACAAAAAAAAAAAAUGAAUGUAACUGUUCUAAAGAAAAUCCUAUGUUGAUAGUAUUGUAUGUGUUAUUAAGUCUUUUAUAAAAGCAUGGUUGUUGGAAGUAUAUGAGAAUUUUAAUAUGGUGGCUAGUUGAACAAAAGAUGAUUCGGUACCUAUACCAGUUAUUAAAUUUUGUACCAUUUAAUUAAAUGUUCAGGGUGUUACAUAAUGUGUAAAAAGCCUGUCUGUUUAAGAGUCAAAUAAAACCUGCAUUAUGCAAGAGCUAAAUAUGCCCAGUGUAGAUCUUUCUUUAGGCCUGAAAUGUUAUCUAAAUUAUUAAUUAGACAUUAAUUAACUUAUCCAGAGUAUAAUCAACUUGACAUACAGAGAGGGGGCAGGCGACAGCCCCUGGCAUCUUUUUUCACAGGGGCAUCCAUUCAAAGAGUCAAAUAAAACAUGCAUUAUGCAAGAGCUAAAUAUGCCCAGUUCAGGUCUUUCUUUAGGCCUGAAAUGUUAGCUAAAUUAUUAAUUAGACCAUAAUUAACUUAUCCAGACCAUAAUCAACUCCCGAUGCGAUUGUUAGCCUGCAAUAUUUAGUGGAUUUGAAUACAUCUUUGUGAUGGAUAAUUUAACGUAAAAAUGGAUAAUCAAGACUGUUUAUUAUCGUACCAACGUUAGUAAUGAAGAUCGAGGCUAGUCUAAAAUUGAAUCGCUAAUAUCUCAGUUCAGAGUGAAGCAAUUUGACUGAAAUUUUCACAUAUUCUGUUUUCAUUAUCUAUUUUUUAAUUGUUAACUGUCAACUCUUUAUCGCUGUUUACUUUGUUGUACAAGCUGUCCUACUUGAUUUCAGUAGAAAGCUUAUUUUGUUUGGUUUGACAUAGGUCUUCCUUUCUAACAUUUCUUAGUACUAGCCCUAUACUUGAGUCUUUGGGCGGGGAGGUUACAAUCGAGGAGUUGGCCCUGGGCAUUACCAAACCUCUACAUGCCACUGACUAUGAAUGUUGUCUAUUGAUAUAUAAGGGCCAAGCCAUCAGUUUUACAACUUGGUAUUAUACUUCUUGAUACUUAAGAAACACAACUUGGAAAUAAAUGAUAAUUAUCUUCUUGACUGUAAAAAUAUAACUUUAUAAUAUAUUGGAUAUAAAUUGCUUGUUGUCAGAAACUAUUAUUAUGGGUAGUUGCAUUUCUGAAGUACAAGAGUAUAUAUAUCUAUGUAUGGGUUGGAUUUUUUUGUAAAGAAUACCACUUUAACUGUAUGUAAUUGUUGUUUGUAUGAUAAUAGAUUAUAUGGUCUGAGGUGAAAGUUGUUAUUAAUUUGUUGAAAACGUUAUGUUUGUUAUUUACAUGGUUUCAGUCUAUUGUCUUUUAAACUUCAUAUGUCUAUAUUUGUACAUUUUGUUUUGUUUUACUAGGAAUAUGUUACAGUGUUUGAUUUGUGAUUAGGCUUGUGUGUGUCGCAUGUUUUUGAAUCCACCAUUCAAAUCGUGCGCUGUGGAGCCUUGGUAAUGAAUUUUGAAGACAAAGCAUGAUCAAUUGAAAAAUUUCACGAAUGUGCUUACAAUAUUUUUUCUUCUGAUGUGAUAGGAUACUGUUUUGCAAAAAUGUUUGUGAUUUUGUUAUGAAUGUGGGUUUGUGAAUAGUUGUUGAACAUUUUAAUUGUCAAGUCUUAUGUGUGUAUGUGUGAUAGACAAAUGACGUUUCUGUUUCAUGUCCUAAUUGUUUGUUCUGGUUUUUUUUUUACAAGUUUUUUUUUUUUUUAAUUUGUCCAAUGAAGAAGGAUGUUAUGAUAUAUCUUUGUCAAUGUUAUUGUAUUCACUUUGUCCAUCGAUCAUUUUAAAUCUGUUUCUCAUUGUAUUGUACAUAAAAUAUCACUUUCUGUUAAAUUUGAAUGAAGACAAACUAUAGAAAUUUCACACAAUAUGAGCACAAUUGUGAUGACUCAGUGUUGUUGAUAAAACUGUAGUGUAUUAAAAUAACACCAGCAGUUUUUUUUUUCUAUACUGUGUUCUCUAUAUAAAUGUAUAAUAUCUGGUUAUAUGGGGUGAGACUGAUUGUUGUAUAAUCUACAGAAAUUGCAUUAUUUGUUGUUACAAAUAUGUACAAUAAAAUGCUGCUAUAUACCUCUA